UGUAGACUCUCCUAUUGAUUAGAAUAUUAACAGAAACCCUGCUUUGUCCGACUUCAAGCAAGUUCUGGUCAGAUUACAAUCGUCGUGUUUCGGCUUGCAUGAGGUUUGCAGCACAGUACUGUCUCCCUCGCUCGACGCUCUUGCAUGUCGAAUGUAUCGUCUUGGCACCACAGAUGAGUCGAAUGACCAAGAAGUCGUUUGUGCGUUGGACGGACGGCGUCGAUGUCGCCACGAGUCACUUCCCACGAAUUGCCACUGCUGAGCGCUUGCGGUUUUGCCACGCAAGCUCUUUAUCUAGCUUUUAAGAAACCUACAAAACCGCAGUACUAUACCCGUAGCAGACCCGGCGUUCUGGUAACUAAGCUAUCACUUGUGACACGGCAUCUUGGAUUCAAGUACUUUGAACUGCCGCCACAUCUCGGUCAUCAACUAGCAAUAUCAAAGCUAUGUCACGAUCUUGGGUCAGUCCUGGCGUGGCCUACCUCACUCGUGGUUUGCUUUCUGUCAUUUUUCCGACCGCUUCUGCCGUCAUUAUUGUAGGACGUCUGGCCUGUCUGCAAGGCUUUCCAGUCUCCCCAUGGCUAUUGUCGGUGGUGGUUUUGGGUGCAGCGCCUCUGGGGCUUGCAGCUCAUAUUUUCGUGGACGUGAUAUCGCAGCGACGAAAGGCCACUCGACUCGGUGCCAGACUCGUUCCUCGUAUCCAGGGCAGAUGGCCUGGAAAUCUGGACAAGUUGGUGAACACGAUCCAGAGGUUUAAGGUCGAAUACCUUGGACAACCUGUGCUGGACGAGAUGAAAGAACUUGGGCCGACUUUGAAUUAUCGGUGCUUAUGGGAGGACUACAUCGUGACCACGGAGCCCCAGCACGUCAAGACAAUUCUCGUAACCGAUUUUCAUAACUACGUGAAAGGUGCAAAGUUCAGAGAAGCAGCUGACUCCGUCCUUGGAACGGGUGUGUUUAACUCGGAUGGUGAAACAUGGAAGCUUCACCGAACCAUGACACGACCUUUCUUCACCCAUGAUCGGAUAAGCCACUUUGAGAUCUUUGAUCGUCAUGCGAGUCGUGCUAUCGCCUUGGCGAAGGACCGUUCCAGAAUGGACUUGGCAAUUGACUUCCAAGAUCUCAUCUUGAGAUUUACACUCGACUCUGCAUCGGAGUUCCUGUUUGGACAUUGCACCGAUUCACUUUCCGUCGAACUUCCUUUCCCCGAUAACACGCUAGAAUUCACAAAUACCAAGGGCCGGGGAGACACUGCUACAGCCUUCGCAGAUGCUGUCUCUCAAGCUGGGCAUGCAAUCAGUCGUCGUGUUAUUAUCGGGUCGGUCUGGCCAAUGACUGAAAUUUUUGCUGACAGCACCGGGCAAUAUAUGAAAGUGGUCGACGAAUUUUUAGACCCGAUCCUCAAAGCUGCUCUGACGAGGCAUAGCACGGCUGCCAAAUUAGACGCAAAUGAAACUGUGGAAGAUCAAACCUUUUUGGAUCAUCUGAUAAAGCUGACGUCGGGUGAGAUGACACGUUACCUUGGAAUUUCUGUUGUUGAAAUAUUCCUUUCAGACUUCAAAGUCAUCAAAGAUGAAACGUUGAACAUAUUACUGGCAGCAAGAGAUACAACAGCCUCGACAUUGACUUCGGCUAUUUAUUUGCUUGCGAUGCAUCCAGAGAUCCUCUCUCGACUUAGGGAGGAAAUAAUAUCGAAGGUUGGGCUGACUCGCAUGCCCACAUAUGGGGACAUCAAGGAGAUGAAGUACAUCCAGGCCGUUCUCAACGAAACGAUGCGCCUUUUCCCUGCCCUCCCCUUUGAUGUGAGGGAAGCCGUACAUGACACCACAUGGACAUCCCCCGAACCUGGGAAGAAGCCACUGUUUAUUCCAGGGGGAGUCACGGUCAUCUAUUCAGUGUUCCUUAUGCACAGGAGAACAGAUCUAUGGGGACCAGACGCGUUGGAGUUUGAUCCGGAUAGAUGGCUCGACGAGCGCAUGCAAAAAUAUCAACUUACUAAUCCCUUUAUUUUCCUCCCAUUUAAUGCGGGACCGAGGAUCUGCUUAGGGCAAAAUUUUGCUUACAACGAAAUGUCGUUCAUGCUUAUCCGUUUGCUGCAAAAUUUUUCCGCGAUUGCAUUAUCCCCCGAGCCUGCAAUGCGCCCACCUGCGUGGUGGGCUGAGAAAGACGGUCGACAGGCCAUCGAGCGGUUCAAGCCAAAAUUCCACGUGAUGCUUUAUGCCGAGGGUGGUAUGUGGGUCAAGAUGGAAGCUGUAGAUGACGUCGAAGUCAUACAGUGACUAAAUACGACUUUCUUGCUAUAUGCAGACACAAAGCUUCACCAUACUAUGACCAUUGCAAGUUUCAAAAACGACCUAAUGUAAAGUUUUCACGUGAACAAAUUGUUUGUUCAAACAAGGUCGAGAAGACAUUUCGAUCUAUGACGUGCUAUUCUAAACAGAUGCUCCGAGUCUCAUGCAUUCUGCUGAAUAUUACAACUACAACACUAA